GCGCAUGGUGAACUCGCUGCUGUUCGGGGAGAUGGCCUUGGCCUUCGGCUGCCCGCCGGGCGGCGGCGGCGGGAGCUGCCCCGGCGGGGGCGGCGGCGGCGGCGGGGCCGGGCCGGGGCCGUCGCCUGUGACGGCGGCGCUGCGGGACGACUUGGGCUCCAACAUCCACCUCCUGAAGGGGCUCAACGUGCGCUUCCGCUGCUUCCUGGCCAAGGUGCACGAGCUGGAGCGGCGCAACCGGCUGCUGGAGAAGCAGCUGGAACAGCAGCAGAGCGAGCGCGAGCGGCGGCUGCGCUACAAGACCUUCUCCCGCGAGCAGGCCGUGCAGACCGGGCCCGAGCUUCUGCGGCCGCCCGCAGCCGGCGCCGGGCUCGGCAGCGGCAGCGGCGCGGCGGCCGGCGCCAACGCCAACGCCGUGGCCCUGGGCGGCCUGCCCCCCGGCGGCGGCUCGCACCCGCAGCACUACGGCCGCCUGCCCGGGACCAUCUGGAGCUACACGCAGGUGCGGCGCACGGGCGGCGGCGGCGUGGAGACGGUGCAGGGCCCCGGCGUGUCGUGGGUGCACCCCGACGGCGUGGGCGUGCAGAUCGACACCAUCACGCCGGAGAUACGCGCGCUCUACAACGUGCUGGCCAAGGUGAAGCGCGAGCGCGACGAGUAUAAGCGGAGGUGGGAGGAAGAGCUUGCCAAGCGCAUGAACCUCCAGACCAUGGUGGACACGCUGCAGGAGGCGGCACAGGAGGCUGAAGCCAUCCAGGAGGAGAUGAACGAGAAAAUUGAGCGGCUCAAGGCCGAGCUGGUGGUGUUUAAGGGGCUCAUGAGUGACCCCAUGACAGACCUGGACACAAAGAUCCAAGAAAAGGCCAUGAAGGUGGACAUGGACAUCUGCCGUCGAAUCGAUAUCACGGCCAAGCUGUGCGAUGUCGCACAGCAGCGGAACUCGGAAGACGUGUCCAAGAUCUUCCAGGUGGUCCCCAAAAAGAAAGAGCGUAAGGUGGCCUCCGACGAUGACAUCUCCGAGCAGGACGGGGAGGUGAACCGGUUCUCAGAUGACGAGGUCGGCUCCAUGAACAUCACGGACGAGAUGAAACGCAUGUUUAACCAGCUGCGCGAGACCUUUGACUUUGACGACGACUGUGACAGCCUGACGUGGGAAGAGAACGAGGACACGCUGCUGCUCUGGGAGGACUUCACCAACUGCAACCCGACCAUCGACCUGCAGGGCGAGCAAGAGGAGAAUUUGGGCAACUUGAUCCAUGAGACAGAAUCCUUCUUCAAGACAAGAGACAAGGAGUACCAGGAAACGAUCGGCCAGAUCGAGCUGGAGCUGGCCACAGCCAAGAGUGACAUGAACCGGCACUUGCACGAGUACAUGGAGAUGUGCAGCAUGAAACGUGGCCUGGACGUGCAGAUGGAGACCUGCCGCCGGCUCAUCAAAGGCUCCGCUGACAGGAAUUCACCGUCCCCCAGCUCCGUGGCCAGCAGCGACUCAGGAAGUACAGACGAGAUCCAGGAUGAGUUUGAGCGGGAGGCGGAUGUGGAGCCCAUGGUCAGCUGAUGACUGAGGCCCCCCUGUGCCUGGUGGUCUCGGUGACGGGGCCUCUGCCCCCGCUCCCCGUGGGGCCGGGAAGGCUCCUCAGAGCGGGGCUCCAGUCUUCACCACACCGACUCCCUCUGCCCUCCUGUCUCCGGAGGCCCCGAGGGACCGCUGCUUCCUUCCUUCCAGCCCACCACCAACCAGUGCCCCUUCUCCAUCCACCCACCCAAGGAAUGGUGCUGUCGAUUUCUAUUGUUCUCCACAUCACAAAUGCAGACUUCUGUCCGGACGAUGCAGAGUUAACUGUGCCUUUUCCCCUAAGCUGAGCCACUUUGAGCUCCAAAGAAUUAUUCCUAGCAGGUGUUUUUAUACAAAACUCUAAGGUGAGGGCGGGGCCCCUGGCAUGGUAUAAUAUGGAUUUCUACCCUCCCACCUGCUCCUCUGAUUGGCCGUGAGCUAUGCCCUUCCCUCCUCUGCCUGGCCAGUGCAGACCUGAGUUGGCCUUGGGGUGGUCCACCUCCUCCCCUCCCCACCCCCCCCAGGAAGGAGCUGUUUGCCUUUGCAACCUUUCUAGGCCUGGGUGGGGGCCUCUCAAGUGCUUUAACUUGAAAAGAUGGAAGGAGGGAGGGGAGACAAAAUUUUCUUUUUUUUUUUUUUGGAUCGAGUGGCAAAGUGGAGGGACAAGGCACUGUGGGGGGGGGGG